AAUUUGUAAUACAGAAACUCCAAGAUGGCUUCCUUGAAAGAAAUUGUAGUGAUGUACCAAAAUCUCAAAAGAGAUUGGGACCGUAAACCCCAGAAUUUAGAUAAAUGUGGAGAAACUCUUACAAAAUUAAAGAUUGCCCUCACAGCAGUAACAUUUUUACCUACAGAUGAAGCCAACCCAUCAAAACAAGAACUGUUAAUAGCAAGAGAUAUUUUGGAAAUUGGUGCACAAUGGGCAAUAGCAAAAAGAGACAUUCCAGCAUUUGAAAGAUAUAUGGCUCAGUUAAAAUGUUACUAUAUGGACUACAAGGAUGAUUUACCAGAGUCCACAUUUAAAUAUCAACUUCUAGGACUUAAUCUAUUGUGCCUUUUAUCACAGAAUAGACUAGCAGAAUUUCAUACUGAAUUGGAGUUACUACCAGUGAAAGAAUUACAGAACAAUAUUUAUAUUAAACAUCCGGUUUCUAUGGAACAGUAUUUAAUGGAAGGCUGCUAUAAUAAGGUGUUUUUAGCUCGUGGAAAUGUACCUGCUAGCAAUUAUAAUUUCUUUAUUGAUAUUUUACUAAAUACAAUCAGGGAUGAAAUUGCUGGAUGUAUUGAGAAGGCAUAUGAGAGAAUAGCUCCAGCAGAAGCUGCAAGGAUGCUUUUCUUUGAGAAUCAUAAAGCCAUGACAGAUUAUGCUGCACAGCGAAAUUGGUCAACACAGUCAGAUAAUUUCUACCAUUACAAGCAUGAUGAAAUAGAUCAAGACGAAGUUAUACCUGCUAAAGAAUUAGCUGAACAGACUAUUGAAUAUGCUAGAGAAUUAGAAAUGAUUGUGUAAAUGACAGUGUGUUAGAACAUGAGAUCUGGACCUGUAUGCGAUAUAAUUAUCAGACUGUUUAUAAACAUUUGUUGACCCAUCAUUCAAUCAUUUACAAUUAUUCUCUACUUGACCACCAUAAAAAAAAAUGAAAUAGAAGUAAAAUGUUAAACAACAAA